ACACGCCUCGGCACCAGCAACAGGUCGUCGUUCUCUGGCGCGCGUUGGUCCGUUCUCUCGCCAUCGAAGCCAUCAGACCCGACCGGCAAACGUUUCAGUACCCGCGUUACGUCUAUCUGUGUAUGACUCUGUCCGCGACGAUACGAAUUUUGGACGUUGACGAAGUGACAUGUGAAAAACCAGAACGAUACGAAUUAUUGUAAUUUUCUGCUCGAAUAAUAUAUUUGCCGUUGUGAUAAAAAGUAUACUGAACUGGAUUUAUUUUUACUCUUUUUUUGAUUUUACGUGUGCGGAUUCGCCGUCGUUUUCACCGUUGAUACAUCAUUUCAACAUACGGAUACAAAAUACACACUGGCGUUGAUUGUUAACUGGCACAAUCCGCUCGGUCAGUGUUGGUGGUGAUUCCUAAGGUGUUGUCUCUGAGCAAUUUACAUCCAGAUCAUUAGGUUUUGGCGGACCAAAAAUGAAUAUGUCCAUGCACGAUAUGGACAACCUCAACAUAUACAUGGAGCUAUCGUCCAAGCUUGAUCCGUUCAUGAAUGACGACAUGAAGGACCUGUGGGAUUCCGAUUUGGAUCAGCAUGAUUUGGGCGAAGCUCUCAGAGCCACAGAGGACCCGUCCGAUUGGUUGAUCGGCGGCAACGGCCGAUCGAAUUCACACGUGGUGCUACACGAUCGUCUGAUGACCGACGCGCUCUUGGGCAAUGCCCCAAUCAAGGCCGAGCACUCGUAUUGUACUACACACGGAUCUAGAGAAUCGUUGAAUACCAUAGACGUCGACGAUGACAGUAGUCAGGACAGGACGUGCAAGCUGACGUUCGACGAGGUGAGAUGCGACCGGACAGGAAACAUAGAAAUGAUAAGCAUUAAAGACGACACAUCCGUUAAAGACGAACCGAUGAGUGAUCAAGAAUAUUUAGAAACGUCUUCGUGUCCACCGUCUCCUUGCUCGGUCGCCGACGUACCUACACACUACAACAAGAUACAGAAAACCGGUUACGAUAACCCUACCACGGUCGUGUUGACCUCCAGAGCAUUCCUCAACCAGUCACACAAAAUAAUCUUGCCAAACUUUGGCAUCAAAAUGGAAGGUACAGGUUUCACACUUCCACCCACACCACCAUCGUCGACAUCCAGCGAUAGCGAAGGCGGUAACAUAUCGCCACACCACAGGUCGUCGCCCACGCGGCGGCUGUUCUUGUCAUCGUCUUCUUCGUCCUCGUCCAUUAAUGGAACCACCAGUAGCCGGCAGCCUAUUCAGACCCCUUUGAUCAGCUGUCAGCCAAAAGGCUCGACUGGGGCCCUAGUAUUGACCGAAGAGGAAAAACGCACAUUGCUAGCAGAGGGUUAUCCCAUACCCACCAGACUUCCUUUAACAAAAGCCGAGGAAAAGUCACUGAAAAAAAUCAGAAGGAAAAUUAAAAACAAGAUAUCCGCCCAAGAAAGUCGGCGCAAAAAGAAAGAGUAUAUGGAUUCAUUGGAAAGGAAGGUAGAAAUAUUAGUUUCUGAGAACAGCGAAUACAAAAGGAAAAUUCUCAAUCUCGAAGAGAGCAACGGAUCCUUAGUUGAACAGUUGCAAAAGUUGCAGAAACUGAUAGGAGUUCAGGCAACGCAAAUUGUAGAUUCAACAGAUGAAAUCCAAAUAGAUUAAUACUUACCAUCAGGGUAAUCUUUGUACAUAUAAACGACUAAUGGUGCAAAUAUUAUACGUUUAAGAAGUUUUAUUUUAGUUUAAUAUCGACAGCUAGUCCGUAAUGAUUACCACAUGAGUUUUUUGAAAAAAUAUCAAGUCGUGGUCAAAAGAAAAUGUGAUUCCUUUCAUUUUCUUUACAAGAGAAACGACUGACGAAUUAAUAUUAAAAACACCAAUUUUAAUCAUUAGUAUAUUAUUAUUAUAUUUUUAUCGUAUUAAAUUGAUGUUGCCUUGAUAGCCUUAAAUUGUAUUAUAUAAAAUCAAAAUUUAUUAACUUUUAAUCUCAUCGUUAUCAUAUUCUUCAUCGUUUUAAGUGCCAAAAUUAUAAUGUAUAUUUUUAUAAACUAUCGCACGUGCUGUUGAUGCGUUUUUAUUCUGUAAACGUUUUAUUAUUGACCCUGUUAAAUUUUAUUAUUAAUCGACUAGGAAAAUAAUAUCCUAGGGUUUUUGAAAAUAUGGAUUUAUCAUAUUCGACAUUUUGUGUGUGUACCUACAUUUAUGUUAAAUUAAUUAUUUUAGUUACAAUUAUCGAAUCAUGUACAUAGUAUUUUUAUGUUAUUAUUAUUAUUUUGUUGUUAAUUUAAAUAUUAUAUAUAAAUAUAUUAUAUAAAUGAAUAGUUAAAUUCGCCAAAUUUUAAUUAAUUGUAUUACGAUAGACAUAAUUCGAGACGUAAAUGAUUUAUUUUGUUUAGAUAUAUUUUUUUUUUUGUAUAGAGACAUAUAUUUAUAUAUAAAAUAUUUAAUGUGCAAUUUUUUAAAUGAUUUUCAUAAGCACGUAAUUAUUAUUUUAUUUAAUGUAUAGUGUCUAUGAUAUUGUUUUUAAUGGGGUAGCACUUUAUAUGUCUAUAAAUUUGGUUGACCCAAUUUUUAUUUUUGGUUAUAAGCUGUUACUUUUGAAUAUAUUAGAGUAAAAAUAAUUACAACCUAAAUCUGUGCGAUUAUUAAGCUUCAAUAGACAUACUAUUUUAUCAAAUGACAGUUUAUACUUGUGAUGUAAUCUAGAAAAUUUUUGUGAAAAAGUUAAUAUCAAAUGAAUUUAUUUCUAUGAGGGUCUUUGAGAAAGUAUCAUAUUCUAAAACUUUAUUCGUCAUACAACUAUUGAAACUUUGUACAUAAAUAAUGCCGAUAAAAAAUUGCGAAUGCAUGGGUACUGAUACACUUGUACUUAUAAUAAUGAUUUAAAAUUCAUAUAACAUAUUUCUUUUAAUUCCGUUGUCUAAUAACAUCAAGUAGUUCGCUACGCUUACGAAAUUUUUUUUGUAUCUUAUUGUUGAAAGAUUUUAACAAGUUUAGUUGAAAAUUAAAUAUUAAAUCACGUUUUACUAUUGUAAUUUCACUUUUGUAAUAAAACACACAUUAAGGCAUUCCGAUAAGAUACAUCUGACAUUGACUUUUAUAAAGUAUAUUUUUUUCUAGAACACAUCACGAAUUUAGUUAUACACUGUAAUCGAUUUGUUACUAAGAAAAAUCUAUUGAUGAUCAAUCGAGGCUUAUUGUGUAAUGUUACGAUAAUAAUUUUGGACCUUUUAAUAUUACCAUUUUGUUUUGACAAAUGUAUACAAGCUGAUUUCAAAUACAAUAGUUUCAUGUAUAUUUUUAUAUAUUAAGUACUUAUUCAUCCAUUUUCAUUUAUGUAAAUCAAAUACUGUUUUAUAACAAUUAAUAAAACUAUUAGACUAUUAUCAGCCUUACUAAAUUAA